AUGUCUUCUCAAAAAAAGGACCGAUUUGAUGAAGACAUCACGUUGCAGCUUCCGAAUGAAAUUUACGUUCUUAUUCCCGAAAAUAAGAGGGAUAAAUUGGGCAAGAAAAAGCGAAAUAAAAUUUGCAAGGAAACGAAAUGCAAAAUGUCUUCUGGAGAAAAAAUCAGGAAUGAAAUAAGAUUCAAACUUUCCGGACCUUCUUCCGCAAAAGUCGAACUUGCAAAAAAUAUGAUUGCUGCUCAUAUUUUAGAUUCAAAAACAAUAGCCGUUCCCGCAAUAACUGCAUUCCAGCAAAAAUACAACGUCGUGGUAAAGCUAAACGGGGGCCAAAUGACUAUAGAAGGUUUUCCUCAAAAUGUCGUAUCCGCGGAGAAACACAUUGAGUCAAUAAUACGAACGAAAAAGCCUUUCGUCAUUUCGAAGAUAGUGUUGCCAACCGCGUUGAUUGGCUUAAUAAUUGGAACAGAUGGAAAAACACUUAAACGAAUCCAGUCCGAGACACGCUGUCAUAUAGAAGUCUUGUCCAAGGAACAUGGCAAGCCUGAUGAGAAUGACACAACAACUGUCAAAAUUGUUGGUGAUAAUCAGAUUGAUAUUCUCAAAGCUAGAACUGCAAUUUCAGAAGUUAUUAAUUCUACAAAAAAGACUUUGAAAACGCCGAUGGACGUCAAGACUGAGAAAUUUCUAACAGAACAAUUUCAAAAAUUAGAAAUUGAAAAUAAUGAUGAAGACUUCCCAAAAAAUGACGAAGAUUCCCCUGUAGUCCAUGAAUCCCCCAAGACAAAGGUGGAGAAAAAUGUUCUCUUCAAAAAUGAUGAAGAGUCCCCUAUAGUCAAUGAAGCCCCGGAGACAGAUGCCGAAAGAAAGACAGAAGUUUUAAAUGAUGAGCUGAUUCUGAAAAAACACCCUCAGUCAAAAAUGAGCCUGACCAGCUUUAUUUCAACACGAGACGAAGUGGACGGAUUCCGAGAUUAUCUCCAGCAAUACUCGCCCGAAGGACUGCUCGACUUUCGAAUCUGGCUGACAGCGAAUGGAUACUUGAAGGAAUUUGUUCGGUAUCGAGCACUGCAUGACAACGAUCUUGAAAAUUUCGUCAAGUGGAACGCAAAAUGUGCUAAAGCCAUGAUUGACCGGUUUUUUCAAGAUUCUCAGCCAGAUUUGCACCAUGCCUACGAUUUCUGCAAGAAGUUCUCAACCGUCGCGACAGCAGAAAUGAUCAAAACGGAAAUGGAAUCGAUUCGAAACAUGGUUCAAUCUCGACUCGAGCGCAAGUACUUGACACGCUUCACCGGCCGAACGAACCGACUCCUCUUCCUCGCGGAAAACCACAACAAUACAGAGUACCAAUCCACCACCACUGAGUGUAAUACUUGCAGCGAAGAUACGAAAAGUUGCAAUACCGAUUGGUCGGCUGUUGAUCCAAAAAAGGACAAGAAGAGAUACAGGCGCAGACAAAAGAAUAUCAAACGCAGCCACUUGGGGAGAAAUCGAUCCGAGGGCCCGAAGAAUUCCGAUUUUAUUCCGCCCAGCUUGCCUAAAAUGCCGAACGAAGCGGAUUUGGCAACGAAGAAUCCAAAAGGUUUUGCGAAACUCGUCAUCGAAAAGCUCGAAAAGGUUUUGGAAAUGCGGGAAAACGACUCAAUCCUUGACGAUCACUUGGAACGUGUCAUGAAAACGCCGACCACGAGGUCAUCGCUUUUGGCGCUUCCGUCUCGGACACUCAAAAACUUGAAACAAAGGACAAAAAUGACGUUCUCCUCCUUUAGAAGCUCCGAUUCUUCAGAGAAAAAGAUCGUUCAAAAGCGCGAAAUUCCCGCUUUGGCGAAAUCGGCGUCCGGUCCAGCGAUUCUUGGAAAUUCAUUUCACCCGAGUCCAGAAUCUGAAACAUCAGUGACGGCGAUUCAAACCCUUUUGAGUUCCGAUUCCGGUUUAUCCUCCACGCGGAUCGAGUCAGAAUCGGAAAUGGCGGAAAGCGAAAUGCUCGAAAUCGACGGGCUCAAGCAACGACUCAUCGAAGAAACUGACGGUAGUUUGUCCACAAAUCUACUUUACGAAUACGACGAGGAGAAAUACAUCGUCAAGUGCCCAGGUCGAUCUCCUACCUUGGCUUCUUUCCGCGGGCGAAUCCAUCUUCGAGGAAUUUACCGAUUUUUCUUCAAAAACGAAGAAGCAAUUUGGGUCGAAAUCACCGACCCGACAGAGCCAGUCCCUGUUUUAGGCGAUACUGUUCAUGCUAAAGUUAUUCAAACCUAA